UGAGCCUUGUCACGUCAUGUCUUCUAGCGUGCUGGCGAUCGCCAUUCUCAGUGUGUGGGCUGCACACUCAGCUCCAGAGGUCUCAUCUGUUCGCCAGCCAACUCCAGAGCUCCCGUCUGAUCUCAAGCCUGCUCCAGAGCUCCCGUCUGAUCUCAAGUUUGCUCCGGAGGCCCUGUCUGACCACGAGACAGACCCAGAGGCCUCACCAGUUGGAGAAGCCGCGCCAAUGCCUCCUGAGGUGUCAGCUUCGGCUGUAGGUCCUCCUAGGGAGGCGGCGUUCUGCCUCAAACUCUCUGCUUCUCCCCUUAUUCUGUCUGCCUCCUCUGUCUCUACUGUUCCUAGGUCCCAGGCCAUAAAGCGGUUUCCUGCUCCAGAGGUCCCGUCUGGUCCCAAGUCUGCUCCAGAGGUCCCGUCUGGUCCCAAGUCUGCUCCAGAGGUCCCGUCUGGUCCCAAGUCUGCUCCAGAGGUCCCGUCUGGUCCCAAGUCUGCUCCAGAGGUCCCGUCUGGUCCCAAGUCUGCUCCAGAGGUCCCGUCUGACCUCAAGUCCGCCCCCGAGGCCUUCCCCGUAGGAGAAGCUGCGCCAAUGCCUCCAGAGGUGUCAGCGUCAGCUGUGGAACCUCUUAUGGAGAGGGCGUUCACCUCAAUACUCUCUGCUUCUUCCCUUCUUCUGUCUGUCUCCUCUGUCCCUGUUCUCCCCAGAUCCCAGACCGUAACGCGGGUUCCUGUUUUUCCCCGGAGGGCCGCUCCGCCUCCUGCUCUUCCCCGGAGGACUGCUCCACCUCCAGUUCCGCCCUGGAGGAGUCCUGCGCCUCCUGCUCCUCCUCUGGCUCCGCCCUGGAGGACUCCUGUGCCUCCUGCUCCGCCUCCAGUUCCGCCCUGGAGGAGUCCUGCUCCGCCUCCAGUUCCGCCCUGGAGGACUCCUGCUCCGCCUCCAGUUCCGCCCUGGAGGAGUCCUGCUCCGCCUCCGGCUCCGCCCUGA